AUGGCAGGCAGCCCUCAGCUCACCUCUGCAGGGGCAGUGCACACAGAAGCCUCUCUCCUCAGCAUGAAGCGCCUCCACCUGGCACCCUGGGCCUCCCUGGUCCUCGGCCUGGCCUUCCUCUCCUUCCAUCCGGUUUACUUGGCAGAAGCAAGCAGCGGCAGCAACUCAACCUUGACCGUCCACCAUCCAGAGAAUCUUGAGACCCUGGAGCAGUGCCCCAACGCUGACUUCUGCCCACAAGCAGCCCGGUGUUGCCACACGGGAGUAGAUGAAUACGGCUGGAUCGCGGCGGCUGUUGGGUGGAGUCUCUUGUUUCUCACCCUCAUCCUGCUCUGUGUGGACAAACUGAUGAAGCUCACUCCAGAUGAGCCCAAGGACUUGCAAGCCUGA